ACCCAGAGGCCCCAAGAGCAGCUGCUGGACCCGGAGGCCAAAUCUUAAUAGGCCCAGAAAGCUGUGCCCCAGGGAACAAUGUUUUUGGCAACUUUUAAACUGUGUGCUGGGAGCUCCUACAGACAUCUGAGGAACAUGAAGGGUCUAAGACAACAGACCAUCAUGGCCAUCAGCCAGGAACUGAGCAAGAGGGCACUAGGAGGCCCAUCACCCAGCGCCUGGAUCAACCAGGUUCGCCGCCGGAGCUCCUUGCUCAGCUCUCGGCUGGAAGAAAGCCUUUACAGUGACCAGGACAUGGCCUAUCUACGACAAGGGGAAGAGGCCAUGCAGAAAGCCCUGGGCAUCCUUGGCAAUCAGGAUGGAUGGAAGAGUGAGACAGAGAAGGCAAACGGAGACAAAGUGCUGAGCAAGGUGGUCCCAGAUGUGGGCAAAGUGUUCCGGCUGGAGGUGAUGGUGGAUCAGCCCAUGGAGAGGCUUUAUGAGGAAUUAGUGGAACGAAUGGAAGAUAUGGGGGACUGGAACCCCAAUGUCAAGGAGAUUAAGGUUCUGCAGAAGAUCGGGAAGGACACGGUCAUCACCCACGAGAUCGCCGCCGAGACGCCAGGCAACAUUGUGGGGCCCCGAGACUUUGUGAGUGUGCGGUGUGCCAAGCGCCGGGGUUCCACCUGUGUGUUGGCCGGCAUGGCGACCCACUUCGGGGACAUGCCCGAGCAGAAGGGGAUCAUCAGGGCUGAGCAUGGUCCCACCUGCAUGGUCCUCCGCCCUGUGACUGGAAACCCCUCUAAGACUAAGCUGACCUGGCUGCUCAGCAUUGACCUCAAGGGCUGGCUACCCAAGGCCAUCAUCAACCAAGUAAUGUCCCAGACGCAGGUGGACUUUGCCAACCACCUUCGCAAGCGCCUGGUCUCUAGUUCCACUUCUGCCAUCAGCUGUUGAAGACCUCCAUACAGCUCCUAAUGAUCCCUUAAAAGUGGUGUUGCCUACACACUGACUAGCAAAACCCAGCUGGAAAAAGCCUGUGGGUCUGUGCAAAAUCUCCUUUCUAGACCACACGAUAGGUGGGGUAGUGAGAGGGAACUGGGGGUGGGGGGUUGGAGGGAACUGCUUAUAGUAUAGCAAAUAAGGGCAGAACUUGCUGAGCCCAGACAUAGCACUAAGAAACUAGAGCCUUCCAAGAUCACUGUCAGGGGAUGCUGGAAGACAGCAGGCAGCGAUGAGGCUAGUCCAAGGCCUUUUAAGUCCUCAAUUGCUAAAAACAUUUAAAAAUACUUUUAGCCCCUUGGGUGAGACUGAAGAAAGGGGAAGAUGCGAGGAAAGAUCCUGCCUUUGGAGUUGAGGCUCUGAGGUUGAAUCUCAAGUCUGCUACACAAGGUCAUCUCUAAAUCCCUUUCUCUGUUGAAAAGGGUCCCAGACUAGAUGGCCUGUGAAUGGGAAGAUAGGGAAACUAAACAAUCAUUUCUUUGGCAAACUAAAUUAUAAGCCUGAAUCAGUUGUAUCAAGUCAGAAAUGAACAAUGAACACCAAAGAAUAUAGUCCAUGAGUGUCUAUUUUGUUUACUUAGAAGAAAGGAAAGAAUGUCAAAUAGAAAGGAAAAAUAAUGCUAAGAAAAAGAAGCAGGGCAAGGUUGACCAAAACUAUCAUUGUAGCUGUUUCCCAAUAGCUUAAAAUUAAAAAGGGAAGAUGAUUCUUGGUGGAAUGGCACCCAGAAAACCUGCUUUCAAAGUCCUGGCUUUGCCACUUAAGUAUUCUAUGAUUUUCAGCAAAUUAUUUUCCCCUUCUGCAUCUCAAUUUCCUCAUGAUAGCAAGGGGUUGAAUUAAAUGCCCCUUUCUGAAGCUAAGCUCUUCACAUUUCUGUUUGGGGUAUUCAAGUCCAGUAAAUUGUAUGUUCUGAAUUGUCAUAACUUCAGGAGACUUUAGGAGAGUAGCUAUGUGUUGACAUAUCCUAUCAUUUAAAAUACUAUUUAAGCCUAAAUUAAUACCAAUUCUUCAGCUAAAAUUUCUAUAUUAAUAAAUCGAUACUUGAAUUUUAGAUGGUCUUUUUUGCAAGUUUCAGGCACUUCUCAAUUGGGGCAGGCUUUUUGUUGGUGUUAAAAAGAUUUGCAAGCAACAAAGAAUAAAUCUGCUCUCAAAUAUUUUUCCCUCUACUUCACAAAAUGAAAUAGUUAAUAGGAUGGAAGGUGCAUAAGAUGUGGAAGCAAGGCCUUUAUUUAUUCACUAUUGGGGACAUUGCUAUUUAUUGUUUUAAGUUUUACAACAUAAGAUGGUAUUUAUUACUAUUUAUUUUGAUUAUUCUAAUGAGCAUGAACCAAACAGCUAUUCUUGCCUUGGAUAUAAAAGUCAAUUUGACUUGCCUGCCUAGAGGGCAAAGAUCAUAGAGGGAGGUGAAUUAUUAUUAGCUCACAUUUAUCUAGUACAUUAUGGUAUGACUAGCCAACGAACAUUGACUUUAAGAGUAGAAAAGAUCAUUCCUUUUUAAAAAUACACAAAAGAACCUUAAAUGAGAAAAGACAGGAAUAUGAUUGCUGCUUUCAAGAAAAAGGCGAACAGACUCCUAAAAACACAGACCCAGGUUUUUCAGCAUGACUAAAAGCUGUGGCAUUUCAAGGAUCAUGGGACUUCAAGAAGGGAUUCCUUCAACUAUUUCCAAAACUCAUUGUAACUAUGCUUGAAAUCUGACAUGGUUUUAAGACUUAAUUUUGGCUUGGAAUAAAAACAACCUGUUUGAUGAUCCUAA